CCGGUGCGAGUGUGCGCGCAGGUGUGGGCCGCGGGUCGCACGCGCCGCCGUUCCGUGCAGUGCGCCGUGGACCGUCGCUGGUUCCUCUCCUCUGCAACUCCUCAAAAAUAAUAAAAUUGCUUCCUGCACGUCCACGCCAACCGCCCGCGAGCGAGGGCCGAUAGUAGACUUCGACCUCAGGACCACGCUGCAUACACUUCUGAGGUACGGGAACGUCGCUCGUGAGGGAAACGGCAACGACCAGUGACGCGAUGGACGAGAAGGCGGAGACGGUGCACCUGAAGCCGGUGUCCAACACCGCGUCGCCCAGCGUCACCCGCGACCCAGGAGAGGAGCAGGAAGAUGACUACGAUCCACAUUUACAUCGUCAACUUGAUAAUCCAACCAACAACAUGGAGACACUGGUGCACCUGCUGAAGUGCAGCCUGGGCACGGGCAUCCUGGCGAUGCCGCAGGCCUUCGCGCGCUCCGGUCUCGUCACCGGCAUCAUCGCCACCGUGCUCGUCGGUAUCCUCGUCACGCACUGCCUGCAGAUCUUGGUGCGGUCGCAGUAUGCGGCGUGCAAGCGGCAACGCGUGCCGCUGCUGCCGUACCCCGAGGCGGCGGCCACGGCGCUGGGCUGCGGGCCGCCCGCGCUGCGCUCGCUGGCGCGCCCCGCCGCGCUUGCCGUCGACAUCUUCCUCGUCGUCUACCAGCUGGGCAUCUGCUGCGUCUACAUUGUCUUCAUCGCGGACAAUAUUAAGAAGGUCGUGGAUCCCUACUACACGAUGGCGGUGGAGAUCCACAUGCUCAUCAUCCUGGGCCCGCUGAUCGCGUUCAACUUGAUCCCGAGUCUAAAGAUGUUGGCGCCGUUCUCGGCGCUCGCCAACCUCAUGACCUUCGUGGGCCUGGGCAUCAUCGUGUACUUCCUGCUGACGGGGGAGAGGUCCACGCAGGAGCUGGACCUCUGGGGCUCGCCCACCACUUUCCCCUUGUUCUUUGGCACGAUACUUUUCGCGCUAACCGCCGUCGGCGUCGUGAUCGCCGUGGAGAACAACAUGAAGACCCCGAAGGCGUUCGGGCGGCCGUGCGGCGUGCUCAACCUCGGCAUGGUCAUCAUCGUGGUACUGUACGUCACCGUCGGCGCGAUCGGCUACGUGUACUGCGUGUCUGACUGCAGCGACUCCAUCACCCUCGACCUGCCCAAAGGCCCGCUGGCGUCGAGCGUCAUCGUGAUGUUUGCGCUGGCGAUCUUCAUCAGCUACGGCCUGCACUGCUACGUGCCUGUGGAGGUGCUCUGGAAGGGUUACCUUUUGCCUUGGCUUGAGCGCUCCGGCUCCACCAGGCUGCGCCUCUGGGAGUACGGGCUCAGGAUAGCAUUGUGUUUGCUCACUUUCGUGCUGGCGGUGUCGGUGCCGCGGCUGGGGCUGUUCAUCUCGCUGUUCGGCGCGCUGUGCCUGUCGGCGCUGGGCAUCUGCUUCCCCGCGCUGAUGGAGGCGUGCGUGGCGUUCCCGCGCCGCGCCAGCGCCGCGCGCAGUCUGCUCUUCGUCAAGGACGGCGCUCUGUUCAUCGUGGGCCUGGUGGGGCUGGUGGCCGGCACCUAUACCGCGCUGCUCAGCAUCGUGCGCUCCUUCCAGCCCGCCACCGACGCCUGACCGCCCUCCGCGCCCUCCCGCGCGCUCCGCUUAGUGUUAAGUGUACUCUGUAUAGCUGCUGUGUGAUACGUGACCGACAUACGAAUAGUGAACGCCGCAGUGGAAAAUUCACAAUAAUCUGUUCACUUACAACGCUAGUACAAAACAAUGUGGUGAUAGAUUUUGUAGAAGACGAAAUUAUUAAAUUUUAUUAACUGAUACCUAUAAUUUAGCUUGCUUAGUUUUUUCACUUAGAUUUAUAGAGAAAUAAAGUUAUAACUUAUUUCAAUUCACUCGAGAGACGAGAGGUAUAUUGCAAUAGUACUAUAUUGCAGCUGUUUUAGUUAUAGGUAACAUAAUAUUUGUAUUGGAAAAAUUACAAAUAAUUCGUCAGCAUGUCAUGGCAAACUUUGCGUUUGUAUAAUAUUAUCAUGUUUAUGUCAUAAUUUGUAGCCAAUCUUGUACGUUAGUCAAUACUGCACAAAAAUAUCACGUCAUACCUAAUUGUAUUUUUUUUAUUUAAUUACAUUCAACCAAUUUCUAAAAUAGUUUAAAUAGAGCAAAUUAUGAAAGCUUAGCCUUGCUAUAUUUGUAAAGAGCUGCUCUCAUUUAUUUGAUAGUGUACAAGGUACCUACAUCUUACGCUACUUUUAUUUAAUACAAUUAUUAUUAAAAUGUU